AUGGAGAAUCUCAAGUGCGUGAUCUGCGGGUCGACGAGCUUCCGAGUAGAGGAGGCCCAGGUAGUGUGCAACGAAUGCAACUAUGUGAACGAAAUUCAACAAGAACAGUUCGAAGAUGAAUAUGCAGAACAAGAAAUAGAUGAGCAUGUAAAUAAAGCGUACCUUGAGAAAGAUUUUUACGAAGUUCUGAAAAAGCUUUACAAAAAUGAUAAAAUAAUAAGCAGGAUUAAAAAUUACGUGUUCAAAGAAAAUGAUGAAUUUUUUGUAAAGUACCAGAAAGUGUUACUCAACUUUAUGUACGUCUUUAUCACGGAGCAUCAUUUGCCUCUUCUCCUAUACGAUGAAGUAAAGAAAAUAUGGUUCUACCUAUUAAAGGUAAAUAUAAUGAAUUCAAAUGUAUACAUCCCAAUGGGGGAUGCGAAGGAUUCAGUCAAAUCCGUCUUCGAAGUUAUUCGGGCACAGAAGCUGGAAGAUAUAGCUGGACACAUUUUAAAAAAUGAGAACAUCAUUAAAGGGAUUAAAAAUGUAAUUAAAAAAAUGGGACUCAGUAAGUUAUCCUACUUUUUCAUCAUACAAAAAAAAAUUAUGAACGAUAUUGGAAAAUCACUGGAAUUCCUCCCCAGAAAAAGUGAAGUAUCUAAAAGAUCCGAUGUCAAACUGUUAAAAAUAUACAAACAGACUGCCCUUUUAGAUAGCGAAAAAAACAACAAGGAAAACUUUCUAAAAAUUAAUGAAAUCAUUCAUAAUAUUCGCAAGUCCAAAUUGACCAAGGAGGAGGAAGAACUUGACCAAGAUGGUCAUAAUCAUUUUGUCAUUUCAAAUGUUUUCACUACCCAAGGAGGAAGUGGAAAUCCACCGGGAUAUGUUCCUCACGGGAAGACGCAGGGAGAAGGCAUCCUUCCUGAUCACCAGCUGAUGGAGGCACCACCCAGGCCUAACAAUUUUGGCAACAAUUUCGAAGAUUUUGAUGUCCAGGAAAUGGGUGAUGGGGAUGGAAUGUUCAACUUGGCGAACUUUCCAGAUUUGGACCAGACGGAUCAACUUGCCCACGUGGACCGUACAAAUCAGGUAGACCAUGCAAAUCAGGUGGGCCAAGCAAAUCAGGUGGACCAUGCAAAUCAGGUGGACCAUCUAAAUGAAGUUAACCAAUUCGGUCAAUUUGACCAGUUUGGCCAGUUUGACCAGUUUGACCAGCUUGACCAGCUUGACCAGUUUGACCAGCUUGACCAGCUUGACCAGCUUGACCAGGUAGCAGAUCACAUUGGCAAGGAAAAAACUCCAAACAGGGCGACUAUCCCUGAAGACACACAGACCCCAAAAGAUGUGGAGAAUUUCAUCCAAGAAGAAAAUUACGCGCAAGGAGAACGAGUGUACCAUUUCUGCUCCUCCUUCAUAAUCAACCAGUUACUUAAACAUAAAAAACUAUUCAGACCAAUCGACCCCAAUGUAUCGACAAAUUAUAUGAACAGAUCCAUUAACCAUACAAAUGUUAUCGACUUAUUCUACCAACAUGAUUUUCUAUAUUACUUCCACGAAGAGUUAAGGAAAAAAUGCGACAUUGAAUUUUUGUCCUUCUACGAUAUAAUACAAGUGUUCAAAGGAGAAUACGAUUAUAUGUUGCCCCCUUCUUUGGGCCUGACCACAGGUCCAUAUAUCCCCACCAGUGAAAAGGAAACGAGUGAAAGUAAUUCCCCCACACAAGAGGAUAUUUUAACCCAGCAGAGCAACGACCCUCAGGAGUUUCAUCUCCAGGAAAGCAGUCCCUUCGACGAGGCUACCCAAGUGAAGGAUAAGUCAGCUGAUAGCUUUGAUUUAGAAAUGAGCGAGGUGCCAUUUUUCGAGGAGAUUAAAAUGGAGCAAUCAUCCAUGGGUGCUCCUUUAAGCAGUGGCCUACUCAAAAAAGCGGCACUACCCAGUGGCGAUGAGCAUUCCUCUGUUGUUGAAUCCCUGAGGGAUAAUAUAAGUCUAGGAGGAGAGUUCUCCGAAUUCAUUGGUCCCAAGGGGGAACCAGGAUACCAAGUGCAGCUCGAUCAAGUGGAGCCCAGCCAACUGGAAGGGCUAUAUGAAGAAGGCUUCGGAGUGGAAGACGAACAGAAUGCCCUUGUCGAAAUGCUAAAAACUGAUCAACUGGAGAAAGAAAGCGCAGCCUAUAAAAAGAACAAACGUUCCGCUGAGGAUGUAGAAAAGGUUUUGAAAAAUUAUCAAAGGUACGUUGAAUUGAGGAAAACGAUCGGGAAGGGUGUCCUGCAGAACAAACACGCCGUGAGGAUUGAAACUCUGUCGGAUGAUGAGAAGUUGAAGAAAAAAAAUGCGCAGAAAAAAAGGGGCGCUCAAGAGGGUAAAAAUACACUGAGCAGACAAGAUCAAAGGGAAAAUGAUACAGAUCUGCUCAGUCAGACAUCUCCUCUCAUAAACCAAAUAAACGACUUUAUCCCAGAGUAUGACGUGAACGAUGUAUAUCCUUCGCGUACAGGUGUACCCUCCCCCGGUGGAGGCAAGGAAGGUUUUGCUUUCCUUCAAGCGGAGACAGUAGUAGAGGCACCACCAAUGGACGAAGGGGCAACGACAGACAAGGCAAUCAAGGGCCAAGGUACAAAUGUAGGAGGUACUAGCGUCGGAAGCACAAGCGGUCCACCCAAUGCCUCAGUCGUCACGAGCAUACGAACGGUAUACAAAAAACUGGAAUACAUAAAUAACAUAAAACGGGAAAAAAGCAUAACGAUAGAAAAGCACUAUUACGAUAAUGGGCUAAAAAAGGCAGAAAAGAAUUACAGUAAAAUUGAAAUUUUCGUCAAGGGGUCCAUAUUAAGACAGAUGGAGAAUGAAAAUUUGAAAUCAGAAAAUCAAGAAAUGCUAUAUAUUCCCGAUAGAUACCUCAUCGAUUCGUACAUUUUUGAUGGACUAUACGAAAAGUUUCUGUACAUUUCCAACCUAAGUAAAUUUAGAACCAUGACGAUAAAACAUGUUUAUAGCGAAUAUGUUAAUUUUUUUUUAAAAGAUUACAGGCAAUAUUUGAUAGAUGAUGAGACUUACAAAUUUUCGUACAAUUUCUCCUUCGACUUACUCUUCUAUCUGUUAUACUACUCCAUGAGGAGGUUACAGAUUCAUUGCCUUCCUCAUAAUAUGACUAACUACAUUAACUUGGACAACUUUAACCUGUACAAAAUUUUUAACAACGUUCCAGAACUGUUACAAAAAAUAUACAAGGAUGAAUCUUCUAUUUAUUCUUUCCCCUUGAAGAACACAAAUUUUUCAGAAAUAAAGAAAUCUUUCUUUUUAAGAAAUCUGAAAACUGGCGUACCUUUUCUAUGCAUGCACAAUUAUGAACACACGAAUAAACAUUUCACACCUGAAGAGCAAAACGAAAUUAAGGCGAACCAAGGAAAAAAAAAAAAAACACACCCUCAUAAUAUUACCUACUUUAAAAAUAUCAAGCAUCUAAAAAAAAUCAACAGCAUUAUUACCUACUUUACUAAAUCAAAGUGGGUAAAUGAAAUACCACUUUUUAAUUCUACUUUGAUUAUAGAUUUGUACAACCAAAUUAAUGACUUGGUCUUUAAAUUUCAGUUGCCAAAUUUUGUGCAAAUCUAUUCUAUGAAGCUUCUUCACAUGAAUAUUUUCAAGUACAGGUUUUAUAAGUUCCUUUUUAAUGUAUACAGCAAUCAAUAUGACGAUAUGCAUUCAGAAUUAAAUAAUUUUUACUCCUUCAAACAUAUCCUUAAGGAUUUCAGUGAAUUCUAUUCGGGGAAAAGCGCGCCUAUCUUUUCUAAGAAAGAAGUUAACAGAUACAUUCUCUACUUAAUGAAGAAGGAAAUUUAUUUUAAAAAAAAAAUUUUACGAAAAAAAAAAUAUAUUCAUCGGAACACUGGACAAGUCAAUUAUAACGUUUACAAUAAAUUAAACUACUUCUAUCGUCAGAAAUUUAUCUGUACCUUUUUUAUUACCUUCAAGUCUCCCAUUUCUGUGGAGAAGAAAAGGUUUUAUAGCAUGGCGGCUGCUUGUGUUCUCACUGCCUGCAAGUUCUACUACCCCAUGUUAAGUUGCGACUUCUUCAGUUUUCAAAACAUGUUCGUUCCAGACAAGUUUGAGAGUUUCCACCGCGCCAACCAUUACCACUGCCAUAUGCCACAGGCGGUGCAUUUUUACAAUGGUGGUAAUCUCCAAGGGGGUUCUCACGCGGGGGGAAAGCAACGAACUAAGCAAGGUACCAAGCAUGGAACUACGAAACGAACUAAGCAAGGAUCUAAGCAAGGAUCUAAGCAACGAACUAAGCAACGAACCAAGCGGGAUGAUCAAGCCGAUCAAGACGCGUCUAUAGGGGAACACCCCGUGGGUAGUACCCUCCACAGACAAAUCAAAGCUUCACUCAGAAGGGAUAAGCACAAAACGGGUAAGGAAGAGGAGCCAAUAAGUCUAGGAAGUCGCCACCAUGGAAAAAAACGGAAGUUAUCCGAAUCGUCUGGACAAUUGGAUUUUCCGAAAGGGGGGCCAAGGGCCAAGAGGACAAAACAUGGUGGGAGCAACGGGGAUGAAGUUCUCCCACUCGAUGAUGGAAGCUUAAUGGGUGAAAGUUUAAGGAAAGGCUCCAGGGAAGGGAGCCACACCGAUCACGCCUAUGACCACUACAGUGAAAUCUUUACCGACGAGUCUGACACAUCUGACACAACGGACACAUCUGACGAGGUGUUCUCCUUUCGCCCCAACGAUGGAGAGCAAAAUGGUCAUGGAGAGAAGGAACUGGAACAUUUUUUCGCUCAGGAAUAUUCUACGGAUGGUAGCGACUGUGACAGUAAUAAUGCCCACAAGCGUGGAAGUGCCUAUGGUAAAUAUUAUAGAGAGAUAAUAUUUGAGGAGGCAUCUGUAGGGAAGAAGCCCACCCAGAGAGGAAGGAAAAGUAAAAGGAAAACAAACCCCCCAGUGCCUAUUAGGAGAAUACACUUUAAAUCGUCCAUCCAGAAAAGGAAUUUUUAUUUUGUCCCCAUACCAAGCAUUAUGAAAUUGUUUUUUAAUUACAGAAGGUUUAACUCUCGUGAUACAAGCGUGUACUCUCUCCCGGACAUGAAUCUUGGUGCUUCAUGUAGUUCCUCCGACGAGAUGGACGAUGAAGAACAGUACAUUUCUCACGUAGCUCUAGAAGGUAACCCCUCCUCUACCGUUACACGCAAGGACAACAAAAAAAAUGUGAAGAAGACGAUUAUUAACAAGCAAGGAAGUGUGAAUCAUAAAGAAACAUAUUUGAAUCUCAAUAAACAACGCAUGAUACUCAUUAAUAUUAGUAAUCAAGAAAGCUAUUCAGGUUCUGGUAAGAAAAGAAGUAGAUAUGAAAAGAAGCCAGUUGCUAUUUCAGAAACUUUGGUUGUAUAUCAGAACCCAUAUUGUUGCAAGGAGUUCUUAGAUCCUCCCCCUAAGAAUCUAUCUCCCCUUGAAAGAAAGUUCCAUAAAAUGAAAGAGAGAUUGUUCCAAUCGCUAUGCCUAAGCAGAAGCCCUCAACAUUUAGCGAAUUUUAAUUUCGACUUGAAAAAGUUACUUUUUUAUAGCGCAAUUCGUAGCGUGAUGGACGAAUGUAAAUUACCCCCUCGCGAGGCACAACCAUGCAAUGAACUCCGUGAAGAUGCAUCCGAAUGGUUUGUUCUUCUCAAAAUGUUAUCAUGUUGGCGAAGGAAAGGUACAUGUGAGAAGUUCCAUAUGGGGAAUAACUCCUCCGGGAUCUUCAACUCAAAUGUGGAUGGGGAUACAGCUAAGGGGGGAGGGAAGGACAGAAGUGGUGAGUCACCCAUGGGAAAUGGUAGUGAUAUCGAUAGUCGAAACAAUAGCACACUUGGUAACCACCCCGGCGGGAACGGGACUGAGAAGGAGAAAGACCAAUUUGUAAACUUCAACGGAGAAACGAUAGAGCAGUUCAAGGCGAAUAGCCUUACGCGAAGGGAAAAAAAUCUGUAUCGCGCACUGAAAAAACAGAGCAAAGAUAUCAAUGGAGAGGAUGCAAAGGAGAUUGCAGAUGACAAAUCACAAAUAAUUAAGCAAAGACAUUUAAUACAUUCAAAGAAAUAUGAAUUUCUUUUCUUCCGCUACGCCAUGUUAGAGUACCACAGCAUGUUGAAGUGUUUGCGGGAAUGCCAAUUCAUGGUGGACACUCUAAACGUACUUAUCAUCAAAACAUGGAACAUAUACGACACUCUCUUUUUAUAUUAUCAGAUAAAACAUACCAUAAAGGAAUUUCUCAAAUGCUUCACUCAAGUUACAAAUAUGCUCCAUUAUUUUCUCCUCAUGAUGAAACAUAAAGAAUAUAUACAUGCAAAACAGUUUAAUUGUUUUUUCAGAAACAAAUAUACAAAAAGAAAGAAUAAAUUUUCGCACAAUUUUAAGGGAUUAUUUUUCGUCUUUGAGCUCUACAGUGUCCUGUACAGAACGAAAUUUAAAAUUCCUUCAUAUUUCAAAUACUGUCCAGGUGCAUUAUUUAUUAACAAUACUUCUCUUAUAUAUUAUAAGAAGGAACCAUACAGAGGAGAUAUCGGUAAAAGACAGGAAACCUUUGCUCAUUUAUAUAACAUAUUUUUGGGGGGUUAUUGUGAAUAUCUGAACAAUCUGAUUUAUAAUGUCUUCAACCUGAAUGUGGUUAAAGAGACGAUGAAGAAGAAAAUGAAAAAUGCACUAAAUACCAUACAUGGUAUUAUUAGGAAUACCUACAUGGAUGAUGAUUAUAUCCAUUCCUAUGUUUUCCCUCUCACACGCAAAAAUCUAUUCCACAUAAUCGUUAGAAAUGUGAAAUUUUUUAGUCUCAGCUUUGAGGGAACCCUAAACCUCGUCAGGGGAAAAUAUGCCACUUGCCUCGAUCAAUACUUCGAACCGAUUGAGAGGUGCGGCUUGUCUAGCUUGGUCGAUGUCGUGACUGUGUUGUCCGUAUAUCCCUCAUGUGGAGGAGCCAAGAAAGGUGGAAGUUACCCUAUUAUUGGCUCACCCAAACGGAGCAGAAACACACACCGUGUUCUAUCCAAGUAUCUAACUCUAAUUCUAAAUAUGCAGAAGAAAAAAAUGUCAAUACCCUACCUCUUCUGUGAUAACAGCUCUCCGUGGAACAGGACAGAAGAAAGUGGCGUCUACUUCCUCCACCAUGACGGAUCAGACGUUAUAAACGAAUGGAUCCAUUUCUUGAUGAGUAAAAAUUACAAUGUUCUAAAUAACACACAUCUCAUCGACAUUUUAAAGUAUAAAGCGAUUGCGGAUGUGCAAGGGCAAGCGUGUAAUCAGCUGGGACGAUCGGAGGAUAACGAUGCGAUGUACAACUUUUUCCAAAGCACCUGCUAUAACAUAGAACCCGACAUAGGAUUUCACCAUAUGGUUAAACUUUUUAAAUAUUUUAAAAAAGUUAGAAGAAUUAUCCCCCGUCCCCGAGAUGUAUUUCUCCUCUACUACCUAAGUUACUGCACCAACUUGUUCAAAAGGAACCUUUUAUCACGCAGCGAACUAUACAUCAAUAAUUCUUUAGCAAGACGGAUACUCUAUUCAUUCCUACCCAAUCUCUUCAGAUGGAAUCAAAAAUCGAAUAAAAAUUCUCUUCUCAUGAAAAAUAAAAUAAUAAAUUAUGUGCAACUGUUUAGAUUUAUCCUACGUGGAAAGAGGAACAUAUUUUUGGCAUCCGAGGAAGGGAUGUUCGUCUCCUUCUGUGACCUCAGUAGUAGGUGUAUCCAUUUUGGUGAAAAAAAAAAAAAAAUUUUGGAAAAUUAUCCUUCCUCAGAUGGAGGAAAAACGAAUGCAACCUCCAUUUCUUGGGAUAAGCAAUUUCAAUCCACAUUAUCCCCUUGGAGGAACAGAAAACAUGAAUGUUCAAAAUAUAUGAAAUGGAUAAACUUGGUGGAUCUUUCGAAAAUUUACGAAAAAUUUGCCAGAAAUUUGCAGUGCCCCUUUUGGGGUACAAAUGAGCUUCUUCUCAAUAGAAUUAUUUUUUUCAAUCUAACAAAUGAAAUAGUAAUUAGUGAAUUAUGGCAGGAGGGUAGGCAGCCUCCAGAGAUGGAGGAUAUCUGCCACCCUAGUGGAGAGAAGCCUUCCAGAGUACACAAGAGAAAGGGGAGUAGACCUCAGAUGAGACAAACUUCCUCCAUGACAACCCCCCUGCAGAAGAUCGCCUAUUCCAUCGUUCUGGACAAUUUCAUCAACAAUAAUAAACAACUCAUUCUUAUCAGAAAUGCCAAUCGUCUUCGCAACAAAUUGGAGCUGAAUAUGGAAAAGGAAUUUUACAAAAUGAGAUAUAGUAUCAAAACCACCACGAAGAAUGCUGCAAAUGCCAGUAGCAGUGUCAGUGUCUGUUCUUCGAUCCCCUUCGCAUCACUGUUUCCACCAGAAAUCAAAAAAGAAACGAGAGGAAGAAAAAAGGUAACAGACUCCUCUGCAAAACCUCCGAAGAUAGUAAAAUACAGCGCACCAACAAAGUUCAUGAAAAGGUGCAGUGUGUUAACAUCUAUGGUCUAUGAAAUAGAUUCAAAAAUAAAAAAUUGUCCCUGUAGCAUCCUAGGUAAAGAAGAUCCAAUUAAAUCAUUAGUUACCUUUGAAGAACCAUUUUUGCUUAAGGAACCAAGAGUAGCAGAAGCGAUAGACUUCAUCAACAUGAUUAAUUGUAAAUUAUGCACAAAGAUGAAAUCCCUUUUUAGUACUGUUCCUUUAGAUGGACACCUUAUUAGCUACCUAGAAAAGCGAUGCGCUCAUAUUUUCUCCAAGGAGAACCUAAAAGAGGAGAUUUUCUACUUCGCUCAGGAAAUUUUUGCCAAACUCAAAAUGAAUGAUUCAAAUGGAGACACGAUCACAGGGGGGCAUCUACAAAGGAGAGGAAAGCACUCCACGGAAAGGAACAUGAAAGAAGGAAACCCCGAUGGAAACGAUCCAAGUGACACCCCAACAGAGGAAGAUGAAUUUCUUUACCUCUCAACAGAUGUAGACUCCUACAAAACCGAUUCCAUGUAUCCUCUCCAAAUGAAAAAGAAUCAAACAUAUCGUGAUCUUAAAAAAUAUUUUAGAAAAAAUCAAAUGCAACUAAACAUUGCCAUAGAAAAGAAUGAGUUUUGUGAGUUGAACAAAUUCGGAUACUUUUUCAAGGAAUCCGAAUAUAAUCGCCGUGAUGCCACCAUUAUACACGAAUGUUACAGAAUAUUUGCAAACGUUCUUAAUAAGAUGAGUACCUGUUUGAACAACUUGGAUGAGGGGGGUGUCUGGGGGGUACCCAUUUACAGGCGCCUAUUCGAAUGGUAUAGCAACCUCAACAUGUACGACCCCUUCUUGCUUAUUCAUAAUAGACCAAACGAUUAUAAUGCGGGCCUAAUGGGGGGUUCUACUAGGGUUACUGUUCCCUUUCCUACGGGGGGAGAACCCCCAAGCAAAGUUAAGGGUAGCACAAAUGCGCAUCUCUCCAAUGUCGUGAUGAGAAAAAAGAUGCGAAAAUGCUCAGGCAAGUUUACAAAACGAUUACAUGCAAAACCCCACAUCUGCAUCUACAACGACAACAUCUUCUUCAAGGCAAACGACGCUUCCCUAAAAGCGGAGGUCGACAAAAGUGAUAAGUAUGAUAAUUCUAUGAUAAAUUACAGCCUGAACAAAAAUUCCCAUUUUGAAUUUCGACCCCAUGUAAACAGCUUCACACUGAGAUUAAAAAAUGAUUACAUAAAAAAAAAAAAUAAAACGAUAUAUGAUCAUGUGAAGAAGAAACAAAUACAUAAGAUCAGAUACGUGCAGAAUGUUGUUCGCACGCAGAAAUACACUUACUUCUUUUUUUCGUGUCUAGCCUAUCCAAUCAGUCAUGUUCCCAGAAUCAUGUACCUUUUCUCCAUAAGGUAUUUCCCUUCCCUAUUUGUAAAAGUAGCGAAUUAUUUGAACUACUUCAAGGUAGACCAACACUUGCUGCAAUUCCUAUCUACCUUCGCUGUCAGUACAAUUGAGCAGAUCUUCAAAAAUAUAAAGAAAAGAAAAAAUGCAGAAAAUAUUUUCCAUUUCAUACGUUUUAGAGGAUUCUACGUCAAUCCAUUUUCCUUGCUAGGUAGUAUAUACUACUCAAAGGAUAUUCAACUACUGUGCUCCAAAUUUAAACUCUCCUUAUGCAGUUACUUUAACACACUUCAUACUGUUUUGUCUGUGGAGGGUAUGAAGAAAGAGAGCAGGGUUAUUAUCCAGGAGCGGGAUAAACUGGGUUUGGAAGAUCCAAGUGAAACCGGGGGAGAGCAUACACAGCAACAGAUUCGCCGACACGAAACGAAUAUCAGCCAGGAUAGAACUCAGACUGAUGAGAACCUGUCACAGAUAGACCCAGAUUUGUUUGGAGAAAUCGAAAGCGUGUUCGACGUCCCGGGGAAGGAGUCAAGCGAAGUGACCCCCCCAGAGGAGGAGGACAACAAAAGCGAAGUGACUGUUUCAAAUACAAGAAGAAGAAAAGGAAAAAAGAAAAAAAAAGAAAAGUACAAUGAUUCGCACAAUUCCAUGAUGGAGAGUUACACCGGAAUGAACGUCAAAUUUUCAGACGACGAGAAGAACAAUAUCGAUGAUGAUAAAAUAAAUAAAUUUUUUGAAAAAAUCAACCGUAGGUGCAGUACCUCCUUUUCCAAGCAGAGUCGUGAAAUACGAAAUAUCUCCCUUCUGGAGGAUACAAUACGAAGCGGGCGCAACCCAAAGGAGGGAUUAAAAAAAAUGCUCUUUACAAGUGGAAUGAAUAAACUUUUUUCUAGAGAAAACAUCAUUGAAGAAGAUGAGGAUAAUGAGGACGAGAUUUUCCUGCAACGCGUUCGAAAUUUUAACCCCUUGUCCAUCACACACAAUGUCCUUGCGAUUCAACCAUCCGAACGGAGAUCAAAGAAACCAAAGCAAGGGGAAAAACAGUCACUUGUGAGGAGUAAAUUAGAAAGUAAAGCAGCACCUUUGUCCAAACGUUUAUCUAACCCUUCGGAAAAUCGCUCCUACAGGGGUCAACUUGUGCACACCGAAAAGGGGAAUCAUUCCAGUUUGCAAUAUUACCUGUUUAGGGAUGAUGAAACGAAUCUACUUUCAGUUAUUGAGAAGGAGAAAAGGGCUUCUCAGGAAGUAGGAGGGUCUAGGCGCUCCAGACCAAGGAAGAACUCACAGAUAAGGGAAAUGACUGAAGUCGCUGAAAUGCCGGAAGGUGCAGACGGCACGUUGAUACAGAACGACAAGGAUGUAAAUGACGACUGCGUCAGUAAGAAACACCUUGAAAUGUAUGAUCUGUGCGUGGAUCAAGUUGAGCGGGACAGCCAGAGUAACCUGUAUGGAGGUUCGCACGUGGCGAGCAGUAGCACCAGUCGCAACAUGAGUGUCGUGGGGAGUCACUGUGCAAGUUGGAACGGAAGCAGAAAUGCGAGUAUGAAUUACAUGAGCGUGGGGGGUAGCAGGGGUGGACGCAAGAUGGCAAGGAAGGUUGGACGGAAGGUAGGUAUCGACAAGAUUGGCAAACAUCGCGGCAACGAGGGUGAUAGUCACUUCAAACGUGGCAGACCAUCCAAAUGUGACAAACCAUCCAAACAAGACAGACCGUCCAAAUGUAGAAGGCAUUCGAAGAAAGUAAAGCGCAUAUAUGACAAGUGCCAGCGUGAAUACCUGGACACGGAAAUUGCCCAACCCUUCUCAACACCCUCAGAAACAAUCAACCUGUACAACAUUAUUUUAAAUUCUCUGAAUAAUGAGAUCCUCCUGAAGAAUGACUCUAUCACUUACGGGAAGUACAUAAAGAAAACACCCUUGGAAUUUAACUACAUCGUGUACAGAGAAUUUUCCACACACACAAACUACUAUUCGGAGACUUACGACAAAAGUGCUCUAAACGAAUUCGUCGACAUUCUUUAUACCGACAAGUUUAGGGAUUAUUAUUUGGAAGGUACAGAGGCGGCGAAGGCAGGAGGGAAAGAACUAGAUGUGUUCGAACAGGGAGAAGAUGCAGGUAUGCUGUGGGAAGGAGAAGAAGUAAAUGUUUUGGAACAGGGAGAAAAUGCAGGUAUGCUGUGGGAAGGAGAAGAAGUAAAUGUUCUGGAACAAGGAGAAAAUGCAGGUAUGCUGUGGGAAGGAGAAGAAGUAAAUGUUCUGGAACAAGGAGAAAAUGCAGGUAUGCUGUGGGAAGGAGAAGAAGUAAAUGCGCUGGAACAAGGAGAAAAUGCAGGUAUGCUGUGGGAAGGAGAAGAAGUAAAUGCGCUGGAACAGGGGGGAGAUUCGGCUAGGCUCGAUUUCGGUGGAGAUGACGCCCCCGAUACAUAUAAGGAGGGGAGUGAAAACAAAUCGCAGUCGGACGAAUUCUUUUGUCUGAAUGAUGAUCUACUUUUGGCUGGUGAGGGAGAUGAUCCCUUGCGUGAAGAACUGGAUGGAAGCGAAGGCGCCCACCAAGGUAAUCCGCAAGGUGAUCUGCAAGGUGAACACUAUGACGACGACCAGCAUGACGACCAGCAUGACGACCAGCAUGACGACCAGCAUGAUGACCAGCAUGACGACCAGCAUGAUGACCUGCAAGGCGAUGAGGAGCACGACAGGGAAAGUGCCCCCCAGGAAGAAGAUAACAUAAGGAGCAUGAUGAACCAAUUUUGGGAGGACGACAAUCUCCUGGAAAAUAUACAAAUAGAACAAAAGGAAAUGCUACGCAUACAAGAGGCAAAUGUCCCAGACAUUAUUGACCAUGACGAAAGUACCACAUCUCAGUUCUCCGACUGUUAUGAAAGCAGUGCAGACAGUGAAGCAGAAUCUGUGAACCAAAAUUCAUACACGGUUUGCUCAUUCUACCUGCACAAACCGGUGUAUAUUAUCGAUGAGCAGACUGAGAUUAGCCAACUGGAAAGGGAGAUGCAUAAAAAAGACGAAAUAAAAAAUGACAGUUCUUCAGGCCCUGCAGUUUCCCAAACCAUGCAUAACUUAUUUUUCCCACUCAAGAAAGAUGAACUUUCAAAGUACAUAACGAAAAAUGACAGAAAGUUUAAAAAAAUUUAUAAAAAAUUGAUAAAAAAAAUGCAAUACGAUCAAAAUAUUAAACGGACAUCUUACGCAAUUUAUGAUAAGACAAAUAACUUCCUCAUGUAUGAUUAUAAAUGCUCCAUGUAUAAAAAUAUUUUUGGAAAAUUUACAAGAAAAUAUGUACGAAAAAAUAAAUAUAUUAAUAGGAAGGGAAUUUUUGACGGGAAUAAUUUUAUCGUGAAUACCAUCUGCAAUGAUAUUUAUCCCUACGAUCUGGAAGUGAGAAAGGUUGUGCAAAUUUAUAAGAGAAAUAAGUUGUUCAUAAAAAAUGUAAAACAAAGAUACAUUUCGAGGAGGUAUAGACAUUCCUUUCCUUGGGUUGGGGACAACAUGCUGGUCUCCCCCAAUGACGUGGAUUCCUUUAUCAUGGCCGGAUACAGCUCCAUCCUCACACACCAAAAUACGUCCUACUUAAAAAAUUUUAAUUACCAUUCGGCAAAUGCGUUUAUCCCUUUAUACAAUAAAAAUCUGCCUAGGAAUUUAGAGCACCUGAGCACAAUGAUGUGCCUCCUCAUCAAGGCCUUUAGCUCCUACAUGGGAUGCCCAUCGAACGACUUAAUUACGGCUUGUAAAGAAGUGGAAUGUAUAUUUUUUCGGUUUAGUCCAUAG